CAGACAGCACGUGUUUCUUCAAAUUACGCACCAAUUGUAAUAAACCCUAUGGAUCGCAGGAGUUAUCCUUCUGAAUCGGAAACUUCACCGAGUCCAACCUCAAGUAACGAUUAUUGUUUUGAACCUGAGAUUGAAAACAAUCUAGUUAAUCGCGAAGCUUCUUCCUCAGCAGCUCCACGUGAAAAUAUAUCAGUUAUCAAGAAAAAUGAAAGUCGCCGCGGCCUUGUGCAUGCUGGGAAUAUGGGUACAAAUUCAGCGCCGUCUUCCCCACUCGAGAGAGAAAUGGGCGUUUCACCAAGAGAAAAUAGAGAUUUCAGAUCUGUUGAGAGAAAAAGGCGAUAUUCAGAUAUCGCUUCAACUUUAAAUGAUCCCAACCAACUACGCAACCAAAAUAUCAGUUUGAAAAAUGAUACCUCAACUUCUGGAAAACUUCUGAAUGAAGCUUUCAGUUUUAUCGCAAACAACUUCAGUAAUCAGCAGCGCGAUACUUUGAUAAACAAACGCAGAAGAAGCGAUCGUAUUAACAGUGAUGGUUCGACAACAACGGACACUGACUCAAUUCUGGAUGAAACUGAAUUCGUAGUUGCUCUAAAACAGGAAUUGGCUGCUGCUAUCAAAAAUGCGGUGGAAACAUCGGCACUACGUGUCCUGGAAAAAUUUGAAGUAGAAAAGGGAUUUUUAUCGAGUCAGUAUACCGACCGACAGUCGCCAACAAAUGAUUCAGACCAGGAUAUCGUCAGUGCGGAAGCUGACAAUAAACAACAGAAUAUGGAUUAUGAACAACAUUUACGAGACGAGUUCAUAGAUGUAACUGACAACUCUUCGCAAUCACAAAGCGAUGUAAAACAUGAACAACCUAUGUACUUUUCCAGCAACUUUGAUAAGCAAGAUAAUAAUGUGGAUGAAAAACGAACUAGAAUGUCGGGUGAAUAUUUGAGAUAUCAAGCAUCGGAUGAUUCAGACGUGUUUGAAGAUAGUGGCAGGUCUAGUUUUGUGAAGAAAAGCAAACCAAUACUUCUACCGACCGACAAUCAUUUUCACAGAAGUCCGAAAAUUGAAACCUCAGGAUACAAUCCAUUGCAGACAAACACUAUUUUAGAUCAAGCAAUAUUAGAAACAAAACAUAGAAAUUUUUCGUAUCCGCCGCUGCCAAUUCCGAUUUCGCUUUCACAAGCAUUCGGCUUUUCAAAAGUACCGCCAUUACCUUACGCAACAGGUAUUCCCAAAUUUGGAAACGUUGCCAACCUGACUUCUGUAGGUCAGUUAUCACCUACAAUUGGAACUAUCCCAACUAACGAGGCAUUUGCACCGACUGAAAUAAAUAGACAAGCUUCGACACAAAUGACAAAUUAUCGUACGUAUAUGCACGCAAAUAAGCUUCCAAAACCGUCUCCCUUCGGGACAUAUUCGUUUCCAAAUUUGGCUUUUGUACCAGAAUUCCACCAGAGAGCUCAGUUUGCAGCCAUGUUUGCUACAAUGAAUCAGAGAAUACGAAACAAAAUACAUCGGAAUACAAAUCACUCAGCAUAUAUGCAUCACAUGUACAUGGCAGAGCAGCAACGAUCUCAUUCAGGAGUCGAGAGCCAAUACGGCCCAGUGUCAACUCGCCCUUCACUCAUGACCCGAACAAUCAGCCGGGAAAACUGCUUUCGUCGAUCAUUUUCUGGAAUGAUGCAAGACGGUCUUACUCCUCAACAUUUGAAGAAAGCAAAACUGAUGUUUUUUUACACGAGAUAUCCGAACGCAAAUACAUUGAAGACUUAUUUCCCAGAUGUGAAGUUCACGCGAGCUAUCACAUCUCAGCUAAUCAAAUGGUUCAGCAACUUCCGUGAAUUCUUUUACAUACAAAUGGAGAAAUUCGCAAGACAGGCAGUGACUGAAGGAGUUGUAGACGCCUCUGCUUUAUUUGUGUCACGCGAUAGUGAAAUAUUCAGAGUGCUGAAUAUUCAUUACAAUAAAUGCAGCGAAUUCAACGUCCCAGAACAAUUUCUACAGGCAACAGAAGCGAGCCUAAGAGAGUUUUUCAAAGCAGUUCGAGCUGGAAAGGAUAGUGAUCCCGCUUGGAAGAAAGUUAUAUACAAAAUAAUUUGCAAACUUGACAUGGAAGUCCCGGAUCUCUUCAAGUCAUCAAAUGUUCUUGAUAGACUGCAUGAACUUUAAUAUCAGGCAACACGACGAGCUAAACUUCUACUGUUUAAGGCUAGAUAAAUAUUGCAAUAUAAUAUCAAAAGGUGUACGAAGUCUGAAAAAGCGAGCAAUGCUCGAAUAUAUGGACACGAAGAAAUUUACUGUAUCUAGUGUACAGUGCAUUAUCGGUAUCUAAAAACUUCCGACUUUCGCGUAGAACGAGUUCGCAAAAUCAAAAUGGCAGACAGCCGCCACGCUUGGUGGAAUACAACAGUGUCCCAAUGAAUUUUGGGUAAGGUAUCGAAUCUCAUAAGAUUAAUAGAAACAUAUAGUUCAUAGUUAAUAGGAACAUAUAGGACAUACGUAUAGAGGCAACAGUAAUCCUAAACCACUGAAAGCUUCAAAGCACUUGGUUCCGAAGGUAAAGUGAAAAGCGAAGAAAAACACUAACAGGGAAAUUAAAAUGGAAAAGAAUAAAACCAACAACAUAAUAACAAAACUAUCCAUAAGCCCAUUUGGUGUCCAAUAAAAGUGUUCAACUAGAAUUUAAUAUGUCGUUAUAUUCUGCUAAAAACGUAGAUUUUUUCUUUCGAGAAAGAAAACAUGUUUUUUUUUUAAAAUAAUAUAUUUUCACUGCUAACUUUUUUUAUAUUUUUGGCUUGAAACAUCGUAAGGUGUUCUUUAUAUUGUUGUAAAUUAUUUGAACAAACAUCUUUUGACUUUAAAUUUUUAUACAUAUACAUUUUCUAUAUUUAUAUUGAUUUUAAUUAAAUUAUUGUACAAAUUGUUCCUCAAUUUUUAAUUCAAUUUUUGCAUUUUAAAACUAAUGCUAAACAUGACAUAACCAAUAUGUUACAUUUGAGUUUCAUCUUUAAAUGCACUAUCACUACACUCUUUUUCGGCACCAUUUUCGUCUAUUAGGCCGAUUUUCAAGACCUAUUUUUCAACCUGAUUUACUGGGUUCGGAACUUUAAAUAUUGAUUAAAAAUACUUAUAGUAAUUUUCAGUACAAUCAUAAUUUUUGUAGUCUUUCAAUUUGAUUGCCAAUAAACUUGCGAUGCCGUACAGAUAAUGUAGCAAAACUCCUCAGAUUAGAAUCGAACUUUCAAAACUAUAAGUGCAUGGAGGAGGGGAGGUUUCUGACCUUGUCGAUUAAUAUCAGAGGUGGAAUUGAAAAUUUGAAGAACAGGUUCUCUUUUGUAUCUUCUCACUAA